UCGGUGUCAAUAAUAACACCCUUGGAGUUGGACACACUCAUAAUAAUAACAACAAUCAUCAUCAUAAUCAGAGUAAAGGGUAUCCAAAUCUCCGUCAACGUCCUUCUUCUCCGCAGCAACGAAUUCUCAGGUCCUUGCAGUCUCAUCCAAAUUAAACAAUGAAGAGGAACUCACGAUUCUGUAUCAAAGCUUCCGCAUGAAAUCCUAGAAAUGAGUGUUGCAGGUGGUGCGUUUGGUGGCAACAGGGGGCUCCGUCCAGUGCCUCCCGAAAAGGGAAUAUUCCCAUUGGACCAUUUGCAUUUGUGUGACCUAGAGAAGGUGGAAUAUUUAAAUUGUUUGAAGACUGCUGGCCACCAGUCUGAAAAAUGCAGGCAAUUCUCAAAAAAAUACUUACAGUGUCGUAUGGAGAGGAACUUGAUGGCAAAACAAGACUUGACUGAACUAGGUUUUAAGGAAAGUAAUGUAGAAACUCCUGGAGGGAAAGUUACUGAUAGGGUUGCCACUCAAGACCAAUAAACCCAAAGAAUUAAGAAUGCAUAUUGAUUUUGAGGUAGAGUUUUGGUAAUGCCAUUUUUGUCGUUAUCUUCCCAUUCGUUUGAAAAGUAAUGUCUAAGCAUGCUCUGAGAACAAAAGAUGUCAGUGAACAGAAGAUGGUGGAUAAUUUGUCCCAUUCCCUGUGGUUAUAAUUAUAUGGACGUUGAUUUUGUUCCUCCAUUGCAAUGAUUAAAAAAUAGUCAAUUCAAUCGAAAGAUUGGUGAACAAGUUAGCUGUUGUGUUUGUUUCAUUCUACCAUAUAAUUUCAAUUUAUAAUCGAAAGAUAUUAUCAUUAAUUUCAA